AAUAACAAAGUGUCUAAAGUCACCUCAACAGGCACGUAAACCUCUUUACGAUCACACAUAUAUCAUAACACUCCUAGUUAUGAAAUUCCUACCGGAAUUCGCCUUAUGUUGGGGUGGUGCUACCAUCACCCCAACAGUACCCGAGGCCGCUUCUGCCGCUCUUCCUCCGAGGGAUGAAGAGCAGAAUAGCAGGGCUGUAAUUGGCCCUGCUAUGCGUGGCGGAAGGGGUAGAAGGGUAGUAAAGUCUAGAAACGGAGCGAAUUGGAAACCAGCGCUACGAGUAAUUUCGGAAGAAAGAGUGAUGUCUGAUGUUGUUAACGCAGAAAGAAAAGAACGUGCUGUUCCUCCAUCUUGUGCCAAACCUGCUACUAAAGUUAAAGCUAAAUUUAUUUUUAGAUCCAAAUUAUCACCUAGGCAUGGUGAAAAUUACUGGAAAUCGUCAAGUCCGAUGGCCGUGCCAGCGUUUGCACCGACGACAUUUUUAUUCUGAGACGUAACUUUGUUUUUCUUGAAUGUAAUAUAUACUAGUAUAUAUGAAUGAAUUGUGAAUAUUAGUGAUUCAUAUUUUUGUUAUUUUCUCUCCCUUUUGUUUCUUCAUUUGUACUAUUGAAGUUGGAAACUGAAUAGAACCAUUCGGAAUUCAUGAUCGGAUUGUUAAAAUGUAUAUAUAUUGAAGUUGAUGUUCAGUAAA